AAAGAAAACGUCAUAAUCGCAGUUUUGUUUAGUACCAGUACUUGUGUGAAGUGUAGACUUUUGUUUAUUCGUUCUAGUGAGACAAACAAACAACAGAAACUAUGUCUGGAAAUGUGCCAAACAGACCACAUGCGCAUCCAAUACCGCCUCCGAACAUGGCAGUUCCAGGCGUGUACGCAUACGCCCCAGGUCCUUACAUGGUGCCGGUGUACCAGCCUCCACUACUCCAGGCACCUGCACCCUCGCAGCCGCAGUACAUAGCUAACGUAGUGUACCAAACACCAUCGGUGGGACCUACACUAGCGCCAACACCAGGCCCUAUUUAUGUCGAAGAACCGAUUGAAUGGAUUCCAGCGACAACAUUCGAUGUUUCGAGACUUGCUCAGCGAGCUUUCGUGGGAGGUGAGGACCAUUCGGAUGGAAGCCCCUUGUAUGUGAUCAGAGCACAACACGAAGGAGGUAUCAUUCCCGGCAAGCUGUCAAUCAAAAACCUUACUGCUUAUGUAGCGUACAGAGGGCGGGCAGUUCCUGUCGAUACCUAUGAAGUUUUAUGUGCUAGAAAUGAUGCAGUACAUUGGAAAUCAUCCAGCAAGGGUCAGGUUCCUCCAGAUGCUAUCGUAGCUGGCAACAACGUGAACGCAGAACCGUUCUUCAUUGCCAGGGUCAGACAUAAGGGAUCUCUUAUACCUGGAAAGGUACACCCUAGUCAUGGUUGCUGCUACAUACCGAUAGGAAGAUACGAAACCAAUCACAAGACUUACGAGGUUCUUUGUAGAAGCAAAUUUGAUUUGUACGCCCAAACAACAACUGAACUAUAUCCUCCAAAUGGACCUCCUCCACCUUACUACGGGUACCCAAUGGCAGGGCCGACCCCAGCACACCCCGGCGGCUACACAUACGUGCCGGCACCAGUCAUGAUGCCGGUGUACCAUCCCCCGCCACCACAACCGCCCCAAGAGCCUGCUCCGCAACCAACCUACGUGACCAACUACAUCUAUCAGCAACCACCAGCUCCGCCGCCACCACCACAGCCCAUUUACGUUGAAGCACCCCCACCUCCCCCUCAACCAGUACCGGAUAGAGUUAAGACUCCAGUUGAACUCGGAUUGGCGACAGUCGAGAAGGGCUUGGCUUGGCUCGGAAAUAGCCUCCAGAAUUUGAAUAAUAAGCUCAUUGAUUGGGUUCCUGCUACACCAACCGAUGUCUCUUCACUUUCCCAUCGCGCUUACAUCGCUGGCAAAGAAGGAUGGGAUGGCAGUCCCCUCUGCGUGAUCAGAGCUCACCACAGCGGAGAGUUCAUACCCGGGAAACUAGCCAUCAAACACCGCUCUGCUUAUGUACCUCACGCUGGAAGAGAAGUGCCAGUACACAACUUUGAGGUGUUGUGUGCUCCAAGCCAUGCGGUUCGUUGGCUUCCGUCCAGCAACGGCCAGGUCCCAGUCGGAGCGAUCGCAGCUGGCAACACGCACCACGGUGAACCUCUCUACAUUGCGAGGGUUAAACACAUGCGGUCUAUUACACCUGGAAAGGUACACCCCAGUCACGGCUGCGCCUACAUUUCCUUCGGCGGAUCAGAAAUUACCUACAAAAACUACGAAGUCCUGUGCAAAAUCGUCGGUUAAUGAGGAAGAAAUGAGUCUUUAAAAAUAUUUUAACAUCUUUAUAAAAAUGUACCUAAUCAUAGACUGAGUUUUAAAUCGA